CCCCUGCCCCAGCCGCAGCCAUGAGCCGCCGCGUCGUGCGCCAGAGCAAGUUCCGCCACGUCUUCGGGCAGGCGGCGAAGGCCAACCAGGCGUACGAGGACAUCCGCGUCUCCAAGGUCACCUGGGACAGCUCCUUCUGUGCCGUCAACCCCAAGUUCGUGGCCAUCAUCGUGGAGGCCGGCGGCGGGGGCGCCUUCAUGGUGCUGCCCCUCUCCAAGACGGGGCGCGUGGAUAAGAACUUCCCGCUGGUGACCGGGCACACGGCGCCUGUCCUGGACAUCGACUGGUGCCCGCACAAUGACAACGUCAUCGCCAGUGCCUCCGAGGACACCACCGUCAUGGUCUGGCAGAUCCCCGACUAUGUGCCCAUGCGCAACAUGACGGAGCCUGUGGUCACGCUUGAGGGGCACUCCAAGCGCGUGGGCAUCCUCACGUGGCACCCCACCGCCCGCAACGUGCUGCUCAGCGCAGGUGGUGACAACCUGGUGAUCCUGUGGAACGUGGGCACGGGCGAGAUGCUGCUGCGGCUGGACGAGGUGCACACGGACCUCAUCUACAACGCCUGCUGGAACCGCAAUGGCAGCCUGCUCGUCACCACCUGCAAGGACAAGCACGUGCGCGUCAUCGACCCCCGCAAGCAGCAGGUCGUGGCGGAGAGGUUUGCGCCCCACGAAGGGAUGCGGCCCCUGCGGGCUAUCUUCACGCGGGAAGGCUACAUCUUUACCACGGGCUUUACCCGGAUGAGCCAGCGGGAGCUGGGCUUGUGGGACCCGAAGAGCUUCGAGGAGCCCAUCGCCCUGCAGGAGAUGGACACCAGCAACGGGGUGCUGCUGCCCUUCUACGAUCCCGACUCCAGCAUCGUCUACCUGUGCGGCAAGGGGGACAGCAGCAUCCGGUACUUCGAGAUCACGGAUGAGCCGCCCUACGUGCACUACCUGAGCACCUACAGCAGCAAGGAGCCGCAGCGCGGCAUGGGCUUCAUGCCCAAGAGGGGCCUGGACGUCAGCAAGUGCGAGAUCGCCCGGUUCUUCAAGCUGCACGAGCGGAAGUGCGAGCCCAUUGCCAUGACGGUGCCACGGAAGUCUGACCUCUUCCAAGAUGACCUGUACCCCGACACGCCGGGCCCCGAGCCUGCGCUGGAGGCGGAUGAGUGGCUUUCGGGCAAGGACGCGGAGCCCAUCCUCGUCUCGCUGCGUGACGGCUACGUGCCUGUCAAGAACCGCGAGCUCAAGGUGGUCAGGAAGAAUGUGCUGGACAACCGGCCACCGCUGGGACCAGGCCGCAGCCAGUCCUCCAGCGACACCAACUUCUCGCGCCUGACGCUGGAGGAGCUGCUGGAGGAGAUCCGGGUGCUGCGGCAGGCUGUCCAGGCCCAGGAGAAGCGCAUCUCCGAGCUGGAGCACAAGCUGGGCCAGUUCACCAACGGCACGGACUAGUGGCCCCCGCCCCACGGCCGGCCAGGACUGGGCCCAGCCCUGCUGACGGGAUUAAAACCAAGCCCGAGCGGGGAGGCCGAGCUGUGUUCUUUCCCGGGGCUGUGGGGGCGCGUGCCCCCAGCCACCCUGGUACCAGCCGGGCCUCUCCUGGGGACGCUCCCCGCCA